ACACGUUUGGCCAACACUGAUAUUCCAACUAUAGUACUACAAAACCACUUGACAAUUGAACCUUCAAUCUCUGUCUUCUUUUUCUACCUCUCCUUUUUAGUACUAUCCCAUGAUGCUCUUCUAAACCAACACAGCAAAUUCCAAAAAACUUGAUACCAUGUCAUAUGGACACAACUUCUCAACCCUCCAUAUAUUCACACCAUUAUUAUUAACAUAUCAUCAACAUGCUCUAAAUGGAACCUUUCAUCUACAACACCAAACCUCGCCCCAAAAAACUCAUUCUCCUCCUCAACAUAGCCUUCAUUUUCCUCAUUUUUCUCUUCCUCAAAGCCUAUCUCCACCCUUCUCAUUCCAAUGUUCAUGCCUCCACAAAAGCCUUCAACCAUGCUAGAAUGCUCAGUGACAUCAGUGUUGAUGGCUGCAGUGACCUUCACAAGUACUCAGAUUAUGACUCCAAGUGCUUGUAUGUCAAAUCUCAUGUUCAGUGCAGGUCAAAAGGGUACAUAAAUUAUCUCCAAAUUUUCUAUUGCAGCUUUGGCCAUUCCCCAAUUCUUGGUCAUGCACUGCUUGUGCUGUGGCUUGUGGUGUUAUUCUAUCUUUUGGCUGACACAGCUUCAAACUACUUUUGCGCUAACCUAGAAGGUUUGUCUGAUAUCCUAAGACUAUCCCCCACCAUUGCUGGGGUAACCUUGCUUUCUCUAGGAAAUGGUGCUCCUGAUUUCUUUGCUAGUGUUGUUUCCUUCACAAGAUCCAAUGAUGGUGCAGUUGGCCUCAACAGCAUUCUGGGAGGGGCAUUUUUUGUCUCUAGUGCUGUUUUGGGGAUCAUAAGUUUCCUUGUUGGUUCAAAUGAAAUUGCAAUUGACAAGGCUAGUUUCAUUAGAGAUGUCAUUUUCUUUCUUUUCUCUCUUUUCAUUCUCCUUGUAAUCAUUUCCAUUGGUAAAAUCACCUUGUUGGGGUCAAUCUUUUAUGUCUCUAUUUACUUCCUCUAUGUAUGUGCCGUCUCUGCCACACAUUUCAUCUAUGGAGGGGAUAGGGUUGAAGCAGAAAUUGCCUCAUCUUCUGAUGACUUGGCAGAGUCUGGCAUACCCUUGCUAGGCUGUGUUGAUGAUGAGAAAGAGAAACCAAAUAAGGAGGUUAUUGAAGAGAAGCAAGAGGGUUUUGGAAUUGGAAAUGAUUCAUUUGACUUUACUUACUUGAGCAAGUUUGUGAAAGUGCUGGAGUUACCUCUUUGCUUGCCAAGAAGGCUUACUAUACCAGUUGUGAGUGAGGAGAGUUGGUCAAAGCCAUAUGCUGUUAUAUCUGUGACAUUGGCACCAGUGUUGUUUGCAGCACUUUGCAACACCCAAAUGGAAAAUUCUAGUUCAAGGAGUGGUCUUGUUGCAUACUUAACAGCUGCUUUGGUUGGCAUUGUGUUGGGGAACAUGGCAUGUGUGACCACCAAGAGCACUAGUCCACCAAGAAAGUGCUUGUUUCCUUGGCUAGCUGGUGGUUUUUCCAUGAGUGUGACAUGGACUUACAUCAUUGCUGAAGAAUUGGUUUCCCUUUUGGUUGCAAUUGGGAAUGUUAUAGGGGUUAGUCCUUCAAUUCUAGGACUAACUGUCCUAGCUUGGGGCAAUUCUCUUGGGGAUUUGAUAGCCAAUGGGGCAAUGGCCAAGAAUGGUGGGGCUGAUGGGGCCCAGAUAGCUGUCUCUGGCUGUUAUGCUGGGCCCAUGUUUAACAUUUUGAUGGGCUUGGGCCUGCCUCUUGUUCUCUCAGCAUGGUCUGAAUACCCUGAGGCUUAUGUCAUUCCCAAGGACCCUUCUCUAUAUGCAACACUUUUGUUCUUGAUGGGAGGGGUGCUUUGGGCCCUUGUCAUAUUAGCCAAGAAGAAUAUGAAGCUUGAUAAGUCCUUGGGAGCUGGACUCUUGACCAUUUACCUCUGCUUUUUAUUUAUAAGGUUGGCCAUGGCAAUUGGUGUUAUUAAAUUCUAGGGAAGCACUUUCAAAGGGAAAAAGAGCCUUUCAUAUAUUUUAGUUUUCAAGAUUAGAAGACUCAUGCAAAGUUAAUUAUGCUUUCAUUGCUUUGCUAUCUUGUUAAUGUAAAUAAUUACCUUUUUAAUAA